GAAAUACAGUAAAUGCAUACAUUAACGUCCACUAAAGAAGAAUUUCGUCAUUACAUAUCUUUUCCGAUAUGUGAGGUAAUUUAGUUGUUCUCUGUAAUAUCGUAUAGCUUUGGAAUCGUGACAUUUCCUACUGUGGAGAAAAAUAUGCCGGUUUCUCGACUCUGAGAAGGGAUUGCGUGACCCAGCAUGACAACGUGAACGCGAUUGUUCGACAGUCUGCUGGGUGAGGCGUUAUACGUUCCUCCAUUCAUUGCCGAAUGAGAUUAUAAGAUCCUCCUUUCUCUAAUAGCUCUGCAACGAGCUCUUAUGUCGAGAUAGGUGUGUAUUUUGCUACUGCAUGGCCAGUGUGAGCCAGAAUGCUAACUAGCCAGCUACAUGUGAGUCAGUAGUUGUCCUUCCAAAUGCGGUGUUCACUAGAUAAACUAGCUAUGACUUGAACAUAUGUCAGAAAACGAACUAGUAGCCAGUUGUUGUUGUCCAUGGUGGAAUCAUAUCUAACCCACAGGCUCAUUAAGCAUAUGUUAUGUACCAACACGAGCUCCCGAGUCUAGCUAACAUCGCGAAUAAGCAUUUCGCUACCUAGCUAAACUGUAUUAUAACAAAACGGAUUAUAUGAAUCAAACACUGUAGCUAGCUGGCAAGCCAUCCUCGACGACAAUAUUAUUGUGGUGCAGGAAUAUCAGAUUCGUGUUUUAAUUUUAUGUUAACUGUAGUAGAAGUUGAUGGUUAUUACUGGUUUCAGAUCCAAAGCAAGAUAAAUUGUCCGCCAUGUUUUGUGUUUGGGUAAGGAUUCAUGGUGACGUCAGCACUUAAGAAAGGUCAACCAAUCACUCGACGGGUUCUAUGUCGAGACUCAUGAAUAUUCAUGACAUUGCCCCUUCCUGCUGAAGGAAAUGUCGCCUCCCGGCAACCCCCUUGUGAACACUUAAAACAAAGGAACUGUAGUACUGUAGGCAACACAUUUCUUGUCUAAGACAAGUUGUCUGAUGGAGAAACAAUAGGUUCCACAAUGGAUCCGGACAAAGCUAGCCCGUUCCCCUCCACCCUCCAGGAGUCCCCAGGUCAAACACCUCCUGGUACCACUUUACUGCUGCGUCUGGUCGACUGCAGGAAAACACCGGGGCAGAGUGGAACUGAGAGGGGAGGAGAAGAGAAGGAAGAUGGAGAUUUGAUUUCAUUAAGGGACAGCCCUAACCAUUGCUCUCUCAGUGGGAGGGGCUUAUCAUCUGGGGAGCCUCAACAACAACACGAUGCUGACAAGACGUCUCUCCAGAAAAGUCACUCCAGAUCAGAACAUCUCAGUAAACACCAGCAGAGACUUAUAGGGAAGAAACCUCACCACCGCUGCUCUGACUGUGGGAAGACUUUUGCUAAACAGAGAGAAUUGAUAAUUCACCUGCGUAUUCACACUGGAGAGAAACCUUAUAGCUGUGAUCAGUGUGGGAAGAGCUUCAAUCAAUCAGGACACCUGACUACACACCAGCGCAUACACACAGGAGAGAAGCCUUAUAGCUGUGAUCAGUGUAGGAAGAGCUUCACAAAUUCAGGACAACUGACUACACACCAAUGCAUACACACAAGAGAGAAGCCUUAUAGCUGUGAUCAGUGUGGGAAGAGCUUCAAUCAAUCAGGAUCCCUGACUAAACACCAACGCAUGCACACAGGAGAGAAGCCUUAUAGCUGUGAUCAGUGUGGGAAGAGCUUCAGUCAAUCAGGAACCCUGAGCACACACCAACGCAUACACAGAGGAGAGAAGCCUUAUAGCUGUGAUCAGUGUGGGAAGAGCUUCAAUCAAUCAGGAUCCCUGACUAAACACCAACGCAUGCACACAGGAGAGAAGCCUUAUAGCUGUGAUCAGUGUGGGAAGAGCUUCAGUCAAUCAGGAACCCUGAGCACACACCAACGCAUGCACACAGGAGAGAAGCCUUAUAGCUGUGAUCAGUGUGGGAAGAGCUUUGCUGUAUCCGGAAACCUGACUACACACCAGCGGAGACCCAGUCUAGUGUAUGACAACGUCUCAGGCAUGGCCAUGGCCCCUACUGCAGCACAGACGAGCAGGAAAGAGGAUGAGGACGUUCAGUACGAUGUUGUGAAAUUCAACACCCCCAGUGCUUCCACUCGACCUCCAGCACAAGAAGCUGAGGAGGACCCCUCUGUGCUCUAUAGAACAGUCCACAAACCCAGAACCAAGAAGACCACAAGCAACAGACCUUAA